GGUAAUGGUAUGGUAAAAAUCUGUAGCUUAAAUGUCAGCAUUCAUUCGUAGCCAGUGUCACCAAACAUUGUGUAACUGGACAGACAUUUAAAUGAUUUUAAAUAAGUGGCUGAGAAUUAUGUAACAGCAUUUUACCAGUUUGUGUGCAGCCUUUGUUUGACCCUAAAUGUUGUUUACAAGUGGACUGAAUUCUUUCACUGUUUAAAAAGGGAGGGCACAAACAGUUCCUGGCCAAGUGUGGAAGCUUGUAGUUACUGCGGUAAAGAGCACAGAGAUGUGACUGGAUUACAGAAGCCACUGAGAGGAACACCUCUAUUACCAGUGUACCUAUUGUCAUCUGCCAAGAAUUUGCCAUUAUCCUUUCAGAGCUAUUAAUAAGGGGAUGAUUGUGUUGCUGCGGAGACGUCAGACUGUAGCAUCAUGGUGAAAGCUUUACCUCACUCUUUUGUUGAUGUUUGAAACUUGGGAAAACGACAAGACUGACAGAAUCAAAACAGGCAGCUAGAGUAUAAAAGAGCAGGUACUGCUUCAUCCAGAACUGAAUAGGAAGAUGUCUCGUCCUCUAUUCAAACGCAACGGCAGCUGGGAUCCUCUCCAGGACUGGCCAAAGUCAAGCAUUUUAGACCAGUGUUCUGGAGCACCUUUUUUCCUUAAAGAAAAUGAUGGUAGCUGGUUAGACACAGCCAGAAAAACUCUGGAAAAAUCACCAUGGCCUGGAUUCCUGUCCUUUCCUUUAGUGUCUCCUGUUUGCCCAGAGAUCUCAUCACCAUCAUCUUCAUCAAAAGAUGGACCACAAAUGCAGCUUCCACCAGCUGAAUCUAACAGUAAGAGCUGGAGAAUUUCUCUAGAUGUAUUCCAUUUCUGUCCAGAGGAGAUUGGUGUCAGAAUGACUGAAGGUUACUUGGAGGUAACGGGCAAACACGAGGAAAGGCAGAAUAAACGAGGGACCAUUUCUAGGAGUUUUACAAGAAAGUACAAGCUGCCAGCAGAGAUCGAUCUGCAACAGAUGAGCUCUUCACUGUCUCCGGAAGGUGUACUCCUGGUUGAGGCACCUCUUGGUGCCUCUUCUACCAGCUUACCUGCAGACACCGUUAUUCCCAUUCAGAUAAAGCAAAAGCACUAAUCUUCAGAAUCUAAGCUAGUUGUUUUGCUUACAAGUGUUUUGUUUUUAUUGAAUAAAUUCUGUUUAAAUGUGAACAAUACAGACGAUUCACAUUCAGACAGGCAGAAGUAAAUUGUAAAUCGUGCUUGAAAGAAUGUGUUAGGUGUGGCAUUGAAGAGACCACAAAAGAGAGGCUGAAUUUGACUACUGGUAUUUUUUUAAAACUGUUUAGCUUGAGCUAAAGUGUGCUUCCGUAAAAGAGUUACAUUUAACUUUUUUGUUUUUAAUUGUGCAGAUAGUACAGUUUAUUAUAACCAGUAUUAUUAACAUCAUAUGCUAAUAAUAAUACAUCUUAAAGUGAAUAAUUGCUCAUUUAAGAAUUGUAUCACAUUUGUUAAUAAAAGAUGAAGUGUGUAAACAA